GUUCGUGAAUUUUGCCUUGGUCGUUCGCGAAGUGAAUCACACACUAACACAUCGAUUACCUAAAAUUAUUAAUCGUUUCAGUAUCUUGUCUUUGUCAUAUUGUAUGUAUUUGGUACAAGGAAGUUGUUAGUGUUAUACUAACUUACAUAUAGUUUUUACAGUGAGUGUUGACUCGGGGAUGAUCUUACUUCAAGUUUGAUUUAAUUAGCUUUAAAGUUUGAAUUCAAAUUGACGAGGACCUUUUUUGAGUUGUGUAUUUGGUGCUGAAGACCUGAAGAAUUAAUAAAUUCCAACCGUCAACCGAAAUGGAUCCGGAUGCAGGAAAACCUUUUCUUAUUUUUUUACUUGGCGUACAUUUGACUGUCGCGUUUAAAAACGUGCUGACGGAUGUAUUUAAUCUGAUUAACCAUCCGGAAAUUGCUGACAUCUUAGGUGCUGAUGAAAUGUUAGUCGCUUAUAUAAUUAUUGCGUUCGAAUUCGUACAACUGGUGAUCUUUUUGGUCGCUAUUAUAUGCGUUAAAAAAAUUCAGGGAAAGCCUUCCAGUUCGUUGUUAAACACUUGUAUGAUAUGUAUACUCUUGGACACAUUACUCAUGAUUGUAAUGAUAUAUAGACUAAUUUUUGGCGAGGCACCAAACCAGGUUCAAUCACUUCUACGCUCAAAAGAUUUGGACGCGGAUGAUAAAGAAGUGGCUGAAAAAAUGCUUAAAGACAUGAACAAGCUGAGUCGUUGGUGCUUCAUGAAGAUGUUGUUCGAUUUAUUCUCCGGGUUAUGUAUUUAUUUAUACAAUGCAAAAUCACCAUCUACUCAACAAGACGUUAAUUGUGAAGAAGGGACAGCAUCAGCACCUGCUUUGAAUGAUGUCCACUUGACUCGUACCCGUCCUCAAUAUCCUGUUCAACCUGAAAGAAAUGUAUCUGAAGCUGCACCUACUUUGAAUGCUCCCCAGUCCACUGUUAUCCAUCCUCAAUAUCCUGUUCAGCCUAAAGGAAUUCUGGGACCAUCUCCCGAAUCUGGUAUCGCUUCGUAUCGUUACAACUAGUUGAAUACAAAUGAUUCAUCGCUUUUCCAGGUUUAGAUAGGUAUUUACCUGAGUAUUUGUAAUGAUUGAGGUUGAAUUUUUACGCAGAUAUUGUUUGGUUAGUUCGUACUUUCGAUCAUAAAAACAUGAUUUUCUAGUUUUUUUUUUUUUUUUGUAGUAGUCGUUGAAUCUCUUUCGAAUGUAACGUUUAUUGAUUUGUUCUUAAUCUCGUAUGUGCAGAAGAGUUUUUAUUUUUUUGUUUAAUUUUUUUCAUGUAAUGUACAAGUACACCUACUUUACUUACUUAAUGCAUAUAAUUUUAUUGGAUUGUUUCAUUGUAAUUUUCAUUAUAUUUCGAUGCCAUACUUACUUAGUUUUGUUUUCAAGAAAUUCGGUACCUAUUUUGUAGAAAUUGUAGUUGAAUCUCUUGAUGUGUUUUUUUGAUUAGUUCUUAUCGUCUCAUUAUUAAGUAUAAUUUUACAAUAGCUAACAUGAUAUGUAAAUCCAUGAGUACAUUGUAACUUUUGUUUUAAAACUGUGAAGCCGAAAGUAUUUGCAACGUUUUU